AUGGCUGCUGUUGCCAGCGCAGCCAGCUUUCGUGUUGCUUCCGCGCCAGUGGACCGUCACUUGACAGCUGAGCAACAAUACCGCGCCGAGAAAUUUGUCGGCCUUCUCUAUCGGGGUGCAGCCCAAGAAGAAGGACCCACCCGCCGCCUCAAGGAAGAAGGCGAAAACGACGUUGUCGCUGCGGGUGCUGCUCCAGAAGAAGAAUACCGCCACCUGGAAGCCCAGCAAGACAAGGAGAGCGAAGUUCGUGGAGCUACUCGCCCGCAGCGCCGCCUCAGCUUCACUGAUGCUGCCGCGCCAGUGGACCGUCACUUGGCAGCUGAGCAAAGAUUCCAAGAGCUGAAACAUGUCGGCAUUUUGUCUCGGGGUGCAGCCCAAGAAGAAGGACCCACUCGUAGCCUGACCGACUACCUCUUUGUGCCCGUGCUGCCCAGUGCGCACAUUCAGAACGAAGAAGGGGACAUCCGCGCCGGCCAAAAGCCAACCGGCGGCUUCUUUGAACUUCCGGCCGAGUUUCGAUCGGCCAACAAGCACACCCCCAAACAACCAAAUGCGCACUCGGCAGAAGGCCCUCCGAAACGCACAGCUCGAACCCCCAAGUCCAGUGGAGCUGCAACGGAUACGCACGAGCUUCCGCACGGUGCAUCCGUUGGAGUGGACUCCGUAAUCUUGGACGGACCCAGCCGUCGCCUUGCUGGUCAGCAACAGCAUGCCGGGCAAGAUCUGUUCACUGUUGGGUUGGAUACCUUGAGAGACUUCCUCUUUGUGCCCGUGCUCCCGUACUCGAUUGGUGCGGACGAAGCCAAGGCGGAGCCAACACCGUCGGACGAUGCUGGCGCGGUCGGCAUCCAACAAGUUGGUCAUGAAUCGCCAUCCGACUAG